AUGACGGAGGAGCAGGAUAAGUCCGGCGCGGAGCCGCCGUGCAGUCCAGCCGGCUCGUCCAGCUCCAUGUCCCCGGAGGAGUCUGACUCUGACGCGCCGGCAUCCCCCGCCGGACCCGGCGUGAUCACGAAGCUGGAGCGCGAGGACGACCGGUUCCCCGUGUGCAUCAGGGACGCGGUGUCCCAGGUGCUGAAGGGCUACGACUGGUCCCUGGUGCCCAUGCCGGCGCGGGGCAGCGGCGCGAUCAAGAGCAAGCCGCACGUCAAGAGACCCAUGAACGCCUUCAUGGUUUGGGCUCAAGCCGCGCGCAGGAAGCUGGCGGAUCAGUACCCACACCUGCACAACGCCGAGCUCAGCAAGACCCUCGGCAAACUCUGGAGGCUGUUGACGGAGAAUGAAAAGAGACCGUUUGUGGAGGAAGCCGAAAGACUGAGAGUUCAGCACAAGAAAGAUCACCCGGAUUACAAAUACCAGCCGAGGCGACGAAAGAGUGUGAAGCCCGGUCAGAGGUUGCAAAGGGGUGGAAAAUUUAAUCUCGACCGAUGGUCACUCAAAAAGACUGUUGACGGAGAAUGAAAGACGCUAUGUGAUGCAUACAAAUGUAUAACUCCAGCUUCAUUAUUAUCCUCAGGCCAGCCUCAUGGACCCCCGACACCUCCUACAACGCCCAAAACGGACUUCCAUCACGGAGGAAAGCCAGACCCCAAGCAUGAAGGCAGACGUCUGCUUGACGGCACGCGACAGAACAUCGACUUCAGCAACGUUGACAUCUCAGAGCUCAGCACGGACGUCAUCAGCAACAUGGAGGCCUUCGACGUGCACGAGUUCGACCAGUACCUGCCUCCGAGCGGCCACGCCGGAGCCGCUCCAGACGGUCAGGGCGCCAGCUCCUACGCCUCGCCCUACAGCCACCCUGCCAGCUGCGGGGCCUCCUGGAGCCGCAAGGGGCCCGUGGCGUCCUCGCCGCCCGGCACGAGCGAAGCCAGCCAGCACAGAGCUCGCAUUAAAACUGAGCAGCUGAGUCCGAGCCACUACAGCGAGCACUCGCCCGAGUAUGGCGUUUACAGUGCUCACGGAUCCUCGGCCGCCUCCGCCUCGUUCGCCAGCGACUAUACAGACCUUCAGAGCUCCGGCUACUACAGCCCAUACGCCGGCUACCCAUCCGGUCUCUACCAGUACCCCUACUUCCAUUCCUCACGGAGGCCAUACGGGAGCAACAUCCUCAACGGCCUGUCCAUCCCACCCUCCCACAGUCCCUCCGCCAGCUGGGAUCAGCCGGUUUACACCACGUUAUCCAGGCCGUGAGGCCCGGCCGCUUUGUGCUGCGUCCCUUACUAUAAUGAAGGACGGUCGCCGUGAUUUCGCCAAGUAAGACGUGUUCCUGGAUGGGGUUGG